GUGGCGAAGAACAGAAAAUGAGUUCGACAAGCAGAGCUUGGAUCGUGGCUGCAAGUGUUGGGGCUGUAGAAGCAAUGAAGGAUCAAGGGUUUUGUAGAUGGAAUUACACCUUCAGAUCCCUCCAUCAACAUCCCGGGAACAAUUGCGGAUCUCUUUCCCAGGCCAACAGAUUUCUCUCUUCUUCCUCUUCUAUAAUAACGAUGUCUAAGAAGAUGGUUCCGAGCGAUGAAAAAAUGAAGCAAUCGGAAGAAUCUCUCAGAAAAGUUAUGUACUUGAGUUGUUAG